AUGACAUCUAGUCUUCAUGCUAAAAUUCCAAUCGUGGAGGCUCCAAAUAAAAUUUUGGAAAUUGUUUGCUCUCCAAACUUGAAACAUGUUGCUACAUUAGACGAAGAUAGCUAUAUUAGUCUUUUGUCUGUCGUUGGUCAAGAAAUACCUUUAAUGAAAGUAAAAAAAAAAAUAUCGGCAAUAUUUACACAAAUAUAUUUGAUGAAAAAAUAUUUGCUAUUUCUGAUAAUAAAUGUGUUUCAAUUAGCUUUGAUAGAGUCAAACCUUAUAAUUUCAGUAAGUUAUGCAUAUAAUAAAUUUAUUACUAUUUUUGCACGUAAAUUAGAUUCACUUAUUGUAUUAAUGCAUAUCUUUCAAGAAAUUUUCGAUUUUGAAAAUGAACAAGAAGUUUUAUUAACCUUUCCAGAUCGGCAGAAGGAAGUUCACUUCUUAUCUUUUAUUGAUGACGGAAGUAUUGUAAUGGUUAAUGCCUUAUAUUGCAGAGCAUAUGCUUUUUCUGGUAAAGGAAAAGAUAAUAUUAGCUGGAUUUGUAAAUCAAUGAUUGAGUUGAAAUAUUUUAACAAAAUUUAUAUUACAUAUUGGGAUUAUAUAACUGAGCAUAUUGAAAUUAGUGAUGAUGAAGAAUUAUUAAUAAUUUAUGCAAGAAAUGAGAAAGCUAAGGAUGCUAAUAAAAAGCACGU